UGAAAGUAUUAAUUAACAAUGGUGAUGGGGUUUGGGGCAAUAUUUUCACAAUUAAGCUCAAUUACGGCUAGCAUAAUGUUUGUAUAUGCCAUGUAUGAGCAAUUCUUCCCAUAUAAUGUUCAUAAAUUUUUUGAAAAAUACAUCCAGAAAUUCCAAGACCUUAUGUACCCUUACAUCGAAAUAACUUUCUACGGGUCAUCAGGAGAGUAUUUCAAACAAAGUAAAACUUACACGAUCAUCCAAACAUAUCUCAGUACGAACUCGACCCAAAGAGCCAAAAGGCUUAAAGCCGAAGUUGUCAAAGAAAGUCAAACCCCACUUAUCCUUAGCAUGGAAGACAACCAAGCGAUCUUCGAUGAAUUCAAUGGAGUCAAAGUUUGGUGGUCUGCUAACAGCACAGCCCCAAGCCCGACAAUGCCACAAUUUCCGGUAGGACCUAAUUCAAAUGUGCGAAGAUACUUAACACUAACCUUCCACAAAAGGCAUCGUGAUCUCAUCACUACCACUUACAUACAACAUGUGUUGGAACAAGGAAAGGCUAUUACAAUGAAGAAUAGGCGGUUAAAGCUUUACACGAACAAUCCAAGCGAUGAAUGGUGGGACACAAAGUGGAGUCACACAUCUUUCGAGCACCCAGCAAAGUUUGAAACACUUGCUAUGGAACCGGAGAAGAAAGAAGAAAUCAUACAAGAUCUUGUUAAAUUUAAGAAAGGGAAAGAGUAUUAUGCUAAAGUUGGAAAGGCUUGGAAACGUGGUUAUCUACUUUUUGGUCCACCAGGAACCGGAAAAUCUACCAUGAUAGCUGCUAUUGCUAAUUUCAUGAACUAUGACGUGUAUGAUCUUGAAUUAACAACGGUUAAGGAUAACAAUGCAUUGAAAAGACUUUUGACUGAUACGUCAAGCAAAUCGGUUAUAGUUAUUGAAGACAUUGAUUGUUCUCUUGAUCUCACGGGCCAAAGGAAGAAGAAGAAAAAAGAGAAAGAUAAUGAUGAGGAGAAAGAGAAAGUGAAAAAGAAAAGUGAUGGAGAGGAAGAAGAUGAAGCCGAAAAUAAAAAGAAAAGGAAAAGCGAGGUAACUCUUUCCGGUUUGUUGAAUUUUAUCGAUGGAAUCUGGUCGUCAUGUGGAGGAGAGAGGAUCAUAAUUUUCACAACUAAUUUUGUGGACAAACUUGAUCCUGCUCUUAUUAGGAGGGGAAGAAUGGAUAAGUAUAUCGAAAUGUCCUAUUGUAGUUACCAAGCUUUUAAGGUUCUUGCAAAGAAUUACUUAGAUAUCGAGUCACACGAUAUUCUGUUUCCAAUUAUUGAAAAGUUGUUGGGAGAGACUAAUAUGACACCGGCUGAUGUUGCCGAGAGUUUGAUGCCAAAGUCAGUGACCGAUGAUUGUGAGACUUGCUUGAAGAGUUUGAUUGAAUCUCUUGAGAUUGCAAAGGAAAAGGAAAAGGAGGAAGCAAGGAAAAAGGCUGAGAAAGCUGAAUUGAAGGAAGAAAAAGAUAAACAAGAAUUGGCUCAAGAGGAUGAAAAGGUGGAGAAUGGUGUCAUCCAUUAG